UUUGUACAAUGAGGCACAAACAUGUUUAAUAGAAGAUGUGUAGCCAGAAUUGUGCUAGUUGUUGUCGUUGUCUUGGGGAUCUCUCGCUUCAAAGGAGUUGAUAGCAGACCUUUAUGGGGACGUAUGCCACUAGGACCUCCAUAUAUUCCAUUGUCACAAGUACUCCCUGGGGGUAAAGGUGUGACGUAUCUUAGCGACCUGACACAGAACUUUGGAGAYGAUAUGAGUCACCAGAUAUCACUUGGAGGSAAGUUGGUCAGUGCUGUUGGAAAUGCUAUUCAAAACCAYGAGGAUCUCUCCAGCAAGGAGGUAGAUGAUAUUUCGCACAUUGUUGACUCGAAUUAUCGAUCUGAUUAUAACGAAGAGGGAGAUGAUGAUGAUCAGGGCGAAUAUCGWGACGAUUAUGAAGAACCUUAGAAACUCAUUYUUCUGAAAAAAUCAAGAGCUGCUCUUGCGCAUUCUUAGCUGUUGUACAUUACUUCCAACAMAGCCAUUAAAUGGCACCGAAGUUUUAACAGUCCAACCAAAUCAAAAUAAAACUUUAUAAAGACAUUUUAUACUCGAUCGUCCUUUGCACAAAAGUUCAAAUACUCUAGAAAUAUUUACUGUUCAUUAGUUGAUUUAUUAGAAAAUUGUUUACCUAUAAAAUGCCUUAAUUCAUUAAAUAAAAUAAAAAAUUGUCUUUUCUGGAUCUAAGGAUUGAAAGCUCAGUCAAUGAAAUCAAAAUAUGGCAGUUGAUAUAAAGAGAUUCAUACUAUCUAUAAAUAAAGUCUAUCAUUACUUUCCAAUUAAACCAGCAUUUAUCAUGAAAACUAAAAUCAAUUUUUUAAAUAAAAASCAAUGUYGAUUAAGUCAUACCAACAGCCAUUGUCGGGGCAGCAACCAUUUCAKAAACGAUGUAUUCCCAUGCAGUUUAAGGAAUAUUAAAUUAAUUGUGAAUUGUUUUGACCUUGCCUUAKAUCUUGCAUGUUAAGUAAUUUUCAGUGAGCUUGCUAGUUCAUUAAAAUGGAUUCAGAUUG